CCCCCCGCCUUCUUCUUCUUCUCCUCCUUCUCGGUUCGCCGCCCGAGGAAAGGGGUUUCCUGGCCGGAGCGGCGAUGUUGUCGGUCUUGCCGCGGGUGGAGAAGCUCUCGUCCAGGGUCGUUCGCGUCCUGGGCUGCAACCCGGGGCCCAUGACCCUGCAGGGCACCAACACUUACUUAGUGGGCACCGGGCCCAGAAGGAUCCUUGUUGACACAGGCGAACCAUCUGUCCCUGAAUAUAUAACCUGUUUGAAACAAGCGCUCAAUGAAUUCAGCAUCUCAAUUCAGGAAAUUUUGGUAACACACUGGCACCAUGAUCAUGUUGGAGGAAUAUCUGAUAUCUGUAAACACAUUCCCUCUAGUAAAGUUUUAUAUACACCUGGUCAUACAGAUGAUCAUAUGGCUUUACAUCUCAUAGAAGAAAAUGCUAUAUUUUCUGGUGACUGUAUUUUAGGCGAAGGAACAGCUGUGUUUGAAGACCUUCAUGAUUAUAUGAAAUCAUUGGAAAAGCUACUGGAAAUGAAAGUUGAUUUAAUAUAUCCUGGACAUGGUCCAGUAGUAAAAGAGGCAAGAACUAAAAUUCAAGAAUACAUUUCUCACAGAAAUGCACGUGAACACCAGGUCCUAAAUGUUUUGCAAGAGAAUGCUGGAAAAUCUCUUACAUCAGAAGAACUUGUGAAAAUUGUAUACAAGGACACACCUGAACACUUACAUAAAGCUGCAGAAAUUAACCUCACACACCACUUGAAGAAACUAGAGAAAGAAGGAAAAGUGUCAUAUGAAAAUUCUCCCAACCUCAGGUGGAAAAGCAAUUUAUAAUUACAACAUAAACCAAGAGUGAUCCUGGUGUAUAUAUGCACCUUUUGUGACUUUAAAGCAGUGAAAUUAACGUUUUAAAUGCAAAGUCAAACUGAUGUUUUUUCACAGAAUAAUAUACUUGGAUACUUCAAUAGAAUCUGCUGUGAAAAGAGCCCUGUUCAGGUAUUCCACACAUACACAGGGGAGUGAUGUAGCUUGACUUCCUUUUCAUAGCUGUCUUUGUACAAAUGUGAUAGGUCUGAGAUCAGAUUGUAUCCAUGUAGGUUUUACAUCUCAAAAGCAGAAUACAACACUUGGAGUUCUGAUUCAUAUAUAGAGCUUCCCCUGAUCUGGCUGGGUCUGCUCCUCGCGUAUAUCACUCUUACGUGAAAGGAACUGUGGAGGUGGUAGUGCUAGAGCAUUCCAUUCUUCACAUGGAGUGCACAGAGAUAAUGUCUCACAUGGGGUAUGCACAGAAAGAUAACACUUGAAUAAUCCUUACAAAUCCCAUGACAUCUGCUUUUAAACAAAGUGAAUUAAAUAAAGUACAGCUGUUGGCACAGAA